ACUUAAAGUCACUUAAAUGUUUUAACAGCAUUGGAAAAUGGGAGCUGCUACUAAGUUGGCGUUCGCUGUUUUUCUUAUAUCUUGUUCUUCAGGUGCCAUACUUGGCAGAUCAGAAACACAAGAGUGUAUCUACUACAACGCUAAUUGGGAAAAAGAUAAAACAAAUCGGAGUGGUAUUGAACCUUGUUAUGGUGAUAAAGAUAAAAGACGACACUGUUUUGCUACAUGGAAGAAUAUUUCUGGAUCAAUUGAAAUUGUGAAGCAAGGUUGCUGGCUAGAUGACAUCAAUUGUUAUGACAGGAAUGAUUGCAUAGAGAAGAAAGACAGCCCUGAAGUGUUUUUCUGUUGUUGUGAAGGCAACAUGUGUAAUGAACGCUUUUUCUAUUUUCCAGAAAUGGAGGUCACGCAACCAACUUCCAAUCCUGUUACACCUAAGCCACCUCUGUUCAAUACCUUGCUUUAUUCAUUGGUGCCUAUAAUGGGAAUUGCAGUGAUUGUGCUUUUUUCGUUUUGGAUGUACAGACAUCACAAGCUAGCGUAUCCUCCAGUACUCGUUCCAACCCAAGAUCCUGGACCACCACCACCUUCACCGUUGAUGGGUUUGAAGCCAUUGCAGUUACUAGAGAUCAAAGCUAGGGGAAGAUUUGGAUGCGUGUGGAAAGCUCAACUACUGAAUGAGUAUGUUGCCGUCAAAAUAUUCCCGAUUCAGGACAAACAGUCAUGGCAGAACGAAUAUGAAAUUUACAGUUUACCUGGGAUGAAGCAUGACAAUAUUUUGCAGUUCAUCGGAGCAGAGAAACGGGGCACUAGCAUUGAUGUCGAUCUCUGGUUAAUUACAGCAUUUCACGAAAAGGGUUCAUUAACAGACUUUCUCAAGGCUAAUGUGGUCUCCUGGAAUGAGCUGUGUCACAUCGCCCAGACGAUGGCUAGAGGCUUGGCUUACCUUCACGAGGAUAUACCGGGGCUAAAAGAUGGACAUAAACCCGCCAUCUCACACAGGGACAUCAAAAGCAAGAAUGUGCUGCUGAAAAAUAAUCUUACAGCUUGUAUUGCUGAUUUCGGUCUAGCUUUAAAGUUUGAGGCUGGAAAGUCUGCAGGGGACACUCAUGGACAGGUUGGUACACGAAGGUAUAUGGCUCCUGAGGUACUAGAAGGUGCUAUAAACUUCCAAAGGGAUGCGUUUUUGAGGAUAGAUAUGUACGCCAUGGGAUUAGUCCUCUGGGAACUGGCAUCACGCUGUACUGCCUCAGAUGGCCCAGUAGAUGAGUACAUGUUGCCAUUUGAAGAAGAAAUCGGCCAGCAUCCCUCCCUCGAAGACAUGCAGGAAGUCGUCGUUCACAAAAAGAAGAGACCUGUUUUAAGAGAGUGUUGGCAAAAACAUUCUGGAAUGGCGAUGCUUUGUGAGACGAUAGAGGAAUGCUGGGAUCACGAUGCGGAAGCCAGGCUGUCAGCGGGUUGCGUAGAAGAACGGAUUAUUCAGAUGCAAAAAUUAACUAACAUUAUCACAACAGAGGACAUUGUGACGGUGGUCACAAUGGUGACAAACGUUGACUUUCCUCCCAAAGAAUCCAGUCUAUGAUAGUUGCACUGGUCACGGAACUGACCGCCAGGACUCUUCACUGGAGCUGCUAGAGCGCACGGGACUGCUCACCUCCUUACUGUUUUCUGUGUGACAAGAACGGUAAGUCUCUGCGGAACGGCAGCAGGAGGUGUUUCUCCUUUGGUUUUCCCCUUCCUCCUCCUCCCCGACGUGGAUCCGUGAGACUUUUUGCAUUCCCUGCUUACACCCGAAGGACACGUGACUGAGAAACGAGAACGUGCCGUUAAGGAACUUAAAUGAAGAACAUGGACCCGUACUGGCUAAUCAAGCGUUUUAAAAACUGACAUCAGAUUUCUUAAUACCUGUCAGAAGAGACUAAUUCCUUAAAUGAACUACUGUUAUUUUUUUUAAAUCAAACAUUUCAUUUCAGAUUUAAAAAAAAAAAAAGGGUAACUUGUUUUUAUUGCAUUUGCUGUUGUUUAUAAAAAUGACUAUUGUAAUGCCAAUAUGACACAGCUUGUGAAUGUUUAGUGUGCUGCUGUUCAGUGUACAUAAACAAAAGUAAUCAAGUGGGAUAUAGCAAAGAGGCUUCCAAGUAUUACUUAACCUCCCUCAACAAGGUAUACCUCAGUUCCACCUCCGCUAAAUUAUGAGAUUGACAACACUAACGAAAAUUUGAAUAAUAAAUUGAUCCAUGUUUUGUAAAUGAUGUAUUUCAAAUUCACUGUGUUAUUUAAAAAGGGUAAGCUAUGCUUCAUGCCAACAGUAAGUGGCCAUUCCUAAAGCAGUGUUUUUAGCCUUUCCUUGUACUAGCUUGUUGUGUAUAAAAAAAAAAAAAAAAAAGUGCUGUUUAUUGAAACAAAAUUUUCCUUCCUCUUUUAGUUUAAAGCUUUUCUUCUUACCUCCAUUUCCCAGAGUAUCUCAUACAUUUAUUUAACUGAAUACUAUUUAGGUUUGCUGUGUCUGAGGAAUAUUUGAAAACUUAAGCAUGACUUUUUUUUUUUUU